UGUCUCCCGGAACUCUAGAGCUGGCGAGCCCUCGGCACCGUCGGUACGUUUGGCGUGCGGGGGUUUCCGCAGACCUGGGGCGGCGAGCUUGCACGUUAUAUUUCUCCUUGCUUGCUUACGUUGCCACCACUUAGGUCUCUAUUGCAGAAAUCGCCAUAGACGCUGAAGGGCCGCGGAAUUAAAAGACCUUGCUGACUGAUUUGCCCACUUUCCGCAGACCUGCGUGCACAAGUUGAACGGAGACGUGUAGGAGAUUUCAUUUUCCCCAGUUUUGCAGCUAAUCUUAAGCCCUGUUAGCUUUUCAGGACGGGUUUCCCCCGUCAACCGGAAGCUGCGGGACGAAGACUCAAGAGAAGCAGUUACUUUUCCCUGGUGAGGCUUCUGGAGGAUCGUUACGAGCCACAUGAUUCCACUUGGAGCCCUAUAAAAGAUUGGUUCCGCUCUCUUCCCUUUACAGCUGUGGUCUUUUCACUUUCGUGUGCUGUUGAAGUGCCAGAAUGAGUGACCGCUAUCUAGAACAAAGGAUUAGUAUAAAAUUCUGCGUCAAACUGAACAAGUCCGCAAGUGAGACCCACCACCUUUUAAAAGAAGCUUAUGGAGAUGAAGUCAUGUCAAGGGCCCGAGUUUUCGACUGGCACAAAAGGUUUAAAGAAGGGCGGGAAGAUGUCCGAGAUGACGCCCGAAGUGGUCGUCCAGUCACCCACCGGACGGAUGAAAAUAUCCAGAAGGUCAAGGACUUGGUUUGUUCAAACAGGCGGUUGACCGUGAGGAUGAUGGCGGAAGAGUUAAAUUUAGAUAAAGAAACCGUUAGACUCAUUUUGAAAGAGAACUUAAAUAUGAGGAAAAUAUCUGCAAAAGUUGUAUCAGGUAUUUUGAAGGAUGAACCCAAACCUCAGAGAUUUGACUUUCAGUCUGAUCCUUCAAAGGAAAUGAGGAAAAAUAAAAAUAGCUUGUGUGUAAGGAAAAAGAUAAUUAUUUGUGUUUUCUGGGUCUGCACGGUCAAUAAAUUUUCAACGAGCAGUGAUUCUGUUCCUCAUCUUUCACGGCUUUAUGGGACUUCAGGGAACGAAAGCAUAACAUCCUGCUUUCCCAUAAGUUCUCUGGCUGCUACCCUGGCACCAAUUAAAGACAUGUCUAUGCAAUUAAUCAAGACCAAUUUGGAAGCCUUCUGGCGCUGCCCCUCUGAUGUGCUGCCUGCGGCACAUACAGUAGUUCCUCGGCUGCAGCGAUGGAGCCAGGCACAGAGGAGCUUUUGAUGAACUGGCUGUGCUGGCCCCAAGUGUUAACUAUGUCAUCUGACAUGACUAACGAGGCUCCCAACUUGAUCCGUGUGAGUGCAGCAGCCCCGCCGUCUGGAGGAGGCGCCGUUUCCGCAGCCAGCCUGGGAAGAGGCUGCAACAUGCUGGGUACACACGCCAUCAUGUCAGCUGGAGUCCUGGAGGCCUCUAGUGUUGGAGCUGGGAGUCGUCUGUGGGGAAGGGGGUGGGCGCUGCGAGCCAGGCUCUGCACUGGGCACUGGUGGGAGUGUGACCCGAUUUAAACUUCAAGCUCAGCGUCUUUGUUGGACAGACGUGGGAGCCAAGACUCAGCAAAGUGUGGGAUUUGGGGCACCUGAGUGUCUCAGUGGGUUAAGCCUCUGCCUUUGGCUCAGGUCAUGAUCUCAGAGUCCUGGGAUUGAGCCCAGCAUCAGGGGCUCAAUCCAUCCCCCACCAAUCCCCCUCCUGCCUACUUGUGAUC